CCUCCGGCGCCGCCCUCCGCCCCGGGCUCCCGGGAGAGCUGACUCGGAGCCCGGCCAGCGGGACCGCGCGGAGGGGGUCGGAGGGGCGCGCUCUCGGCGGCCACGUGACCCGCACCCCAACCCCCAGGUCCGGGGGCGGGGUUGCCGCCCGCGAGUCCAGUGGAACCACCUGAGCCCGAGCCGGGAAGACGCCGUCGCUGUCCGAACCGCGCGCGCCGUGAUGGCCCCGGGGACCCGGCCGCCGCCGCUGCUGCUGCUCCUGCUGCUGCUGCCGCCGCCGCCUGCGACUCGGGCGCUCGUGCCCCGGAUCAGCCUGCCGCUGGACUCUGAAGAGCGACCAUCCUUCAGAUUCCAAGCUGAAAACGUCUCCAACUACACGGCCCUUCUGCUGAGCAGGGACGGCGAGACCCUGUACGUGGGGGCCCGGGAGGCCCUCUUCGCGCUCAACAGCAGCGCCAGCUUCCUGCCGGGCGGGGAGUACCAGGAGCUGCUGUGGAGCGCAGAUGCCGAGAGGAAAUACCAGUGCAGCUUCAAGGGCAAGGACCCACAGCGGGACUGUCAGAACUACAUCAAGAUCCUCCUGCCACUCAACAGCAGCCACCUGUUCACCUGCGGCACCGGGGCCUUCAGCCCGCUCUGCGCCUACAUCAGUGUGGAGAACUUCACGCUGGCACAGGACAAGGCGGGGAAUGUCCUCCUGGAAGAUGGCAAGGGCCGUUGCCCCUUUGACCCCAAUUUCAAGUCCACGGCCCUAAUGGUUGAUGGCGAGCUCUAUACUGGGACCGUCGGCAACUUCCAGGGGAAUGACCCGGCCAUCUCCCGGAGCCAGAGCCGCCGCCCCAUCAAGACCGAGGGCUCCCUCAACUGGCUCCAAGACCCAGCGUUUGUGGCCUCGGCCUACAUUCCUGAGAGCCUGGGCAGCUUGCAAGGGGACGAUGACAAGAUCUACUUCUUCUUCAGCGAGACGGGCCAGGAGUUUGAGUUUUUCGAGAACACCAUCGUGUCCCGCAUCGCCCGCAUCUGCAAGGGUGACGAGGGCGGCGGGCGGAUCCUGCAGCAGCGCUGGACGUCCUUCCUGAAGGCCCAGCUGCUGUGCUUGCGGCCCGGCGACGGCUUCCCGUUCAACGUGCUGCAGGACGUGUUCACGCUGAGCCCCAGCCCCGAGGACUGGCGUGACACCCUCUUCUACGGGGUCUUCACGUCCCAGUGGCACAGAGGGACCACCGAGGGCUCCGCCGUCUGUGUCUUCAGCAUGAAGGACGUGCAGAGGGCCUUCGACGGCUUCUACAAGGCGGUGAACCGGGAGACGCUGCAGUGGUACACCGUGGCCUACGAGGUGCCCACGCCCCGGCCCGGCUCGUGCAUCACCAACAGCACCCGGGAGAGAAGGAUCAACUCGUCCCUGCAGCUCCCCGACCGCGUGCUGAACUUCCUCAAGGACCACUUCCUGAUGGACGGGCAGGUCCGCAGCCGCCUGCUGCUGCUGCAGACGCAGGCCCACUACCAGCGCGUGGCCGUGCACCGCGUGGCGGGCCUGCACCGCACCUAUGACGUCCUCUUCCUGGGCACCAAGGACGGCCGGCUGCACAAGGCGGUGGACGUGGGCUCCGGCGUGCACGUCAUUGAGGAACUCCAGAUCUUCUCGCCCGGGCAGCCGGUGCAGAACCUGCUUCUGGACCCCAACCGGGGUCUGGUGUACGCAGCCUCAUACUCGGGUGUAGUCCAGGUGCCCGUGGCCAACUGCGAUAUGUACCGGAGCUGCGGGGACUGCCUCCUGGCCCGGGACCCCUACUGCGCUUGGAGCAGCAAUAGGUGCCGUCGCAUCAGCCUCUACCGCCCGGAGGCGACCUCCAGGCCGUGGAUCCAGGACAUCGAGGGAACCAACGCCAGGGACCUCUGCAACGCUUCCUCCAUCAAGUCCCGGAUUGCUGCACCAGCAGGUGAGAAGCCGUGUGAGCCAGUCCCGUUCCAGCCCAAUACGGUGAACACCUUGGCCUGCCCCCUGCUCUCCAACCUGGCGACGCGGCUCUGGCUGCACAACGAGAAGCCUAUCAAUGGCUCGGCCUCCUGCCGGGUGCUGCCCACGGGGGACCUGCUGCUGGUGGGCAGCCAGCAGGAGCUGGGGGUGUUCCAGUGCUGGUCGCUGGAGGGGGGCUUCCGGCAGCUGGUGGCUAGCUACUGCCCGGCGGUGUUGGACACGGCGGCGGACCGGCGGGUGAAAGGGUCCGUCGUCAUCAACACGUCGCGGGUGAGCGCGCCCGCCCACGGCAAGGCCAGCUGGGGCGCGGACCGGUCCUACUGGACCGAGUUCCUGGUGAUGAGCGUGCUGUUCGUGCUGGUCAUACUGCUCCUGAUCCUGUUCUUCCUCUACCGGCACCGCGACGGCAUGAAGGUCUUCCUGAAGCAGGGGGAGUGCGCCAGCGUGCACCCCAAGACCCGCCCGGUGGUGCUGCCGCCCGAGACCCGGCCGCUCAACGGCGUCGGUCCCCCGAGCAUCCCGCCGGACCACCGAGGCUACCAGGCCCUGUCGGACAACUCCCCGGGGCCGCAGGUCUUCACGGAGUCCGAGAAGAGGCCGCUCAGCAUCCACGACAGCUUCGUGGAGGUGUCCCCGGUGUGCCCCCGGCCCCGGGUCCGCCUGGGCUCUGAGAUCCGGGACUCGGUGGUGUGACAGCUGACUUCCAGAGGAGGCCACCCUGGCUUCAGAGCGCCGUGGAUGCUCAGAGGCAUCGGCUGGACUCUGCUCUUGUAGAGUCUGGCCGGACAUGGCGCCGUGCCCAGCCCUCCGGAGUAGCGGGGCCCUUCAACCGGCCCCGUUGGAGGAGUGAGGCCCCUCCAACCCAGAUGCCAUGGCCCCGCGGAAGAUGGGCGGGCGCCCGCCUAGGUGCGCGGAGCAGUGCUCCUCAUGUAAGCUGAGCCUUUCGUGUAAAAAAAAACCACUGAAAAUGUGAAAUAAGAACGAUGCCAUGUGCCCGGCCGCUCCAGCUCGCAGCCCCCAGCCUUGGGGUCUCGCCCUGGUUGGGGUUUUGGGAACGUCCACCGUGGUGGGUGGAGACAGUUGGGAACCUCUGCCUUAUGCUACUGCCACAGGCGGCCCGUCACUGCUGGGCCCGGGGCCGGCUCCGUGGGUCCUGCCUGGCCACUGGCCAAGUUGUUACGGCCACCAUCCUGUCACCUCAGGGACCGAGGGCCACGCUGGCACUGCGGCCCUCACGAGGCCUGGGCUCGAGCCACCUCUGGACCUUUCCGGCCUGUAUCAGGCCGUGGCCACGUUGACAGCAGGCAGCGUGAGCUCAGGAGUUAGGACGAUGUUCACCUUUCCCUCAGAAUUCUAGGAAGAGACUGCUGUUGGCUGCCUUCCUCUGUCCAGACUGAAACCCGUGUCCCCCGUCCCGUAUCCACCCGGCGCGUCUCGGCGCCCAGUCCCCCUUCACUCCCACACUUCACCUGCCUCUGAUCUAAGGGAGUUGACGCUGCCCAGCACAAGGGCCUGAAUUUAUGUGGAUUUUAUAUUUUUUUUUAAGUCAGAUGCACUUUACAUUUGUUCUGUUUUUUUGUAUUGUAAAUAAAAUCUCAAGAACUGAAA